AUGCAGCGCCACUCCUUCACUGCGCUCAACUCCACCUUCGUCGUCGACUCCGAGUACCAGUUCGUCAAGGAGCUCGGCCAGGGUGCGUACGGCUGCGUGGUGUCUGCAAAGCAUCGCCGCUCUGGAGAGGGGUGCGCCAUCAAGAAGAUUACCAACAUCAACACUAAAAGAAUCUUGACCAAGCGAUGCCUGCGCGAGAUCAAGCUCCUCCAUCACUUCCGUGGUCACAAGAACAUCACUUGUCUGUAUGAUAUGGAUAUCGUCUUCCAUCCAGACGGCAACUUCGACGAAGUCUACCUCUACGAAGAGCUCAUGGAGGCCGACCUGCACGCCAUCAUCCGCUCCCAGCAACCUCUCUCCGAUGCCCACUUCCAGUCCUUCAUCUACCAGACUCUAUGCGGUCUCAAGUACAUCCACUCCGCUAACGUCCUUCACCGUGAUCUCAAGCCCGGUAACCUUCUCGUCAAUGCCGACUGUGAGCUCAAGAUCUGUGACUUUGGCCUCGCCCGUGGCUACAGCCCUGGCGGUGGCAGUAACAACACCCGAGGCGCCGCGAACCAAGGCUUCAUGACCGAAUACGUCGCUACUCGUUGGUACCGUGCCCCCGAAAUCAUGCUGAGCUUCGCGAACUACGGCCCCGCUAUCGAUGUCUGGUCCGUUGGUUGUAUCCUCGCUGAGCUGCUGGCCGGAAAGCCCAUCUUCAAGGGCAGGGACUACGUCGAUCAACUCAACCAGAUCCUCCACUACCUGGGCACGCCCUCGGAAGAUACCCUUCGUCGGGUCGGUUCUCCUCGUGCCCAGGACUACAUCCGCUCCCUCCCUAUCAAGCCUCGCGUCCCCUUCGCCACCCUCUUCCCCCGUGCCAACCCACUCGCCAUCGAUCUUCUCUCUCAGCUCCUCCACUUCGACCCGGCCAAGCGUAUUACGUGCGAGCAAGCCUUGAACCACCCCUACCUCGCCGUAUGGCAUGACCCUGCUGACGAGCCUGUGUGCGCCUCGUCAUUCGACUUCGGCUUCGAAGAGGAGGACUCGAUCGAAGGCAUGAAGCGCUUGAUUGUGGAGGAGGUGCAUGCCUUCCGAGCGGAGGUGCGCGCCCAGGCGCGUGCUUCUGGGCAGAUUCGCAGGCAGGAAAGCCUCCCGGUGCCCUCGCGGGAUGAGAUUCUCAACUCUCCCGUGGAUCAGACGCCUGGGAACGGCGCGACGUCGCACUACACGGGUGCGGCGGGCGAUGCGCGCCCAGGUAGCCCCAUCAUGGACGACCCCAGCGCAGAGCUUGAGCGCGAGCUCGCAGGCACCCACAUCGCGCGGAGGUAA